GCAGACUACUGUGCAAGCGCUCAGUGCAACAAGUUAGCAGGAGCCGUGUGUGCAGGUUGACUUGAGGCUCCACUCAUCUCUCUGUCGCCACAAGUCCCUGUACGUGAACGCGGCGUCACAGGCACACACACGCAGCACAGUCACAGUGUGCCAUACAUUCGUGACUCCGCGCCAGAUGCAGUCUGCUCCCGACACGCGCGUGUAGUUGUAGUUCAAUGGAGAUGUCAGAGGCAAGAGGAGCAUCUAAGUGCGUGGAAAAAAUGGAGAAAGAAGUGGCGCCUCAGAAGAGACAACAGUACCGCACAACAGUGCUGAACAUUAUCUCGUCUUUGUGCUCAGUGGCGUCCAUCGCCUUUUGCAUUCUCCUGAGCAUUAACACAGCUGACGUGAAGAACCGGGUUGUGGAUUUGGAGAGUGGGAAUGACGAGCACACCUUUAUCCGAGCCCCGGGCUACUCCAUGGAUGAUUUUAAUUCAUUGAUUGAGCAACGCGUGGAUGAGCUGCUCUCUCAGCGCUCCUAUGAACAGUUUGUCAAGAUCCGGACUGCCAGACAAGCAUCACCUGAAUGCAGCUGCCCUCCAGGACCUCCGGGAAAGCGAGGAAGAAGAGGCCGCAAUGGAGAAACUGGACCUCCUGGCCCUCCAGGUCUCAAGGGUGAUAAGGGGGAUCAAGGCGACCAGGGACCACGGAUGGUCUUCCCUAAGAUCAAUCAUGGCUUUCUUUCCGCUGACCAGCAGCUCAUAAAGCGGCGUCUCAUUAAGGGAGAUCAGGGGCAAGCUGGACCACCUGGGCCUCCGGGGCCACCGGGUCCUCCAGGGCCGAGGGGGCCUCCAGGGGACACGGGGAAAGACGGACCCAGAGGUGUACCUGGUCUAGCAGGGGAUCCAGGCCAGCCUGGAGAUAUAGGAUUGAUCGGACCUGAGGGGCCACCAGGGCAGAAGGGUUUUAUCGGGCCUCCUGGAAAUCCAGGUGUUGAUGGACUGAAGGGGGAUGUUGGCAUCCCAGGAUUGGAUGGAGUCCCCGGCGCUAAGGGUGAAAUGGGAGAGCGAGGUGAAAAGGGCGAUUUGGGUGAAGACGGACCGAAAGGGGAUUUAGGAGAGAAGGGAGAUGCAGGCUCUUCUGCAGCAGGCAUCAAGGGAGAACCUGGUGAGCCUGGACGAGGUGGAACAAAGGGAGAGCCAGGACUUCCAGGGCUGCCUGGACUCCCAGGGAUAAAGGGUGAGCCCGGAUUCCUCGGGCCCCAGGGAGAACCAGGGCUCCCAGGUCUCCCAGGAACUAAGGGUGAGAGAGGCGACCACGGGCCACAAGGAAAGGGAGAAAGAGGAGAAAUUGGACCCAUGGGACCAAAGGGUUCCCAAGGAGAGGGAGGUACACCUGGUAAUAAAGGGUCAAAGGGUGAGACUGGAGAUAAAGGACUUGUGGGAUCGGUUGGCCCGAAGGGCCCCCCCGGCCAGAAAGGAGACCAAGGAGCCACAGAAAUCGUCGACUACAAUGGAAACAUUCAGGAGGCUUUACAGAAGAUUACCACUAUUACAGUAACGGGUCCACCUGGACCGCCCGGGCCCAUAGGACCGGAGGGGGUGAAAGGGGACCGUGGGAUGCCUGGCCUCCCUGGACUCGAUGGAGAAAGAGGCUACAAAGGCUCUAAAGGAGACAUGGGGAUGCCCGGAGCUUCAGGGGAGAAAGGAACAACUGGUUUACCUGGCUUACCUGGUGUAAACGGGAUGAGAGGAGAAAAGGGAGACGCAGGUCUGCCUGGUCUUCAAGGUUCUUCAAUCAUCGGCACUCCAGGGCCUCCAGGGCCCCAUGGACCCCCAGGACCCAUGGGUCCCCAUGGUUUCCCUGGAGCAAAGGGGGAAUCUGGUUUGCACGGUGUGAAGGGAAUCCGAGGAGAGACGGGACACAAAGGGGACCGCGGGCCGCUUGGUCUUCCCGGAGCAUCCGGCUUGGACGGCAAGCCCGGAAUUAGGGGCCAGGACGGGCCUGCGGGGCCAGCUGGGCCGGCGGGGCCGAAGGGCGACAUAGGUGAGAGAGGAGCGUCAGGCGAUCCAGGACCAAGGGGCCCUUACGGACUUCCUGGAUCUGCUGGAACCCCAGGCCUGGAUGGGGAGAAGGGAAAGAAGGGCAAAAAAGGGCCUAAGGGCGAGAAAGGAGAACAGGGGGCCCCUGGAUUAGAUGCACCCUGCCCAUUGGGCCCAGAUGGAUUACCAAUGCCUGGAUGCUGGCAGAAGUGAUCACUCUAACCUGAAACGCAUGGAGUUUGUAAAUAAUGCUUCUUUUAUGGUAUUUAUAGUUUUUUUAAUGGAAAAAAAAUGUCUAAAAGAAAAGAAGUCUAUGUGUACAAUGAUACGUCCCGAGUUACCCGCCCUAAGCUGCUUCUACUCACAUCACCGUGUGGAAAACAACCGUGUGUGUCCGCUCUCACAUCCACAUCGUGGUGGAGUUCAGAUCCUCGGCUGGCGGCAGAACUUGUCUCUGCGGUCUUUGCACGGCUCAGACUGCAGCGCCGCAGACUCACGGUGGCGUGGAAGGAGGAUGAGGAGGAGGAGGAUCUGGACUGGCUCUCUAACACCAAACGCUACGUGUUUUGUGUCGUUUGGUCUCAACACCGCCCAUUCAUGCAGCAACAUUUUCUAAAAGACUAAAAAAAAGAAGAAAAACUGUGCCAAACAGAACAUUGCACCCCUGCCCCUGCAAAAGCAUGAGUAUUCAAACUAUAUUUAUAUGUAUUGUACAUACAUGUCACUGUUUUGUGGUUGGCUUCUGCAGAAAAAGAAAAACACUAACAUAAAACACAACCCUCAGAGCUCUGAUUUGGUCAUUUCUGCUUUCCUUCAAUCUUCCCAAAGGGAGUCACGCCAUGGCUGGUAGCCUGAGAACCCCCCUCGAAAGUAAAGCUGUUGGUUAUUUUGCUUUAUUGAGGUGAUGCCUGCAGAGGGUAUGAUAUCCGCAGGUUUUCACUGCUGCACUCAUGUGGCUCAGCAUCAGUGUGGUGCCUCGUCUCCAGACAAGAGGUGGUGGGGGGAACUGUCAGGAAAACAAAUGAAGCUCACAUGGGUUUGAGUUUGGACAGGCCUGCCCCCCACCCCACCCCAACACUAGGAUUGCGGAUUCUGCAGGAGAGUGUCUCAUGGAUCUGCAGAGAGAUCAGCAGGAGCACUGCCUCUCCUCCCAGGCAGCGCUCCUUCAUCUACUGAGAGCGUUAACACAAUGCAAUCAUCUUUUUUUCUUGUUUUCGUUGUUGCUCUCAUUCUUUAACAUUGUAUUAUUGUGUAUAAUAGCCUUUGGUGCCUCAAGCUUUUAUUCAUUCCUUUAUCAGAAACGUUAUACUAUAUUUUGAAUUAUCGGAAUGGUGUUUAUUUCAGGAGCUUUGUUUGGUGGAGUAUCGAAAAAGACACGCACUGUUUUUCAUGAAUCAUUUUUUCAAGGUGUUGAAAUAGCAUGCAGGUUACAGCAGCGCACAUGCAUCCAUCAGGAAUACAUCCUGGUUGUAAAGAAGCUCGAUUGUGCAUCCAGCAUUGUAACAAAUCCGCUGCUUGUUCAUUCUGGACUUGUCGUUUGGGCUGUUAGUUGUACAGUGUUGUUGAUUCACUGCAUGUACACGAUUUAUUUCUGAUGGAUUUUCUUAAUAAGCUUUGAUUUGGUUAUCAGAACCAUAAAGCAACGGUAGCUGUUUUUUCACAUAUGUUGAGGAGAACACUCUUUUACACCUCAUGUAUUGUCUUAAACAAAUGGAAAACAUGUACUACAGUGAAGGAAAAGCUAAGUGAAUUGGUCCAUUAACACACCACAGUGUACCCGGUGGCCAGUUAUGUCACAUUCCAUAUCGGAUGGAGCAGUAUUUGUGUUUAUUUUUCAUAUUUUAUCCAUCUUUUUCACAUUUCUUGUAUUCAAAUUACCUUCUGACAUAGUAAGUGAGUGAAGGUGAUACUCUUUCUGCAACGUGAGAAAUAUGCAUGUGAAACACCAACAUUGUGUUGUGAUGUAGCACCAGCCGCAGGUGGAUUUGAGAAGGUUUAUUCCCGUAUGGUUUCCGUUUGAUUGUACAGUUCAUCUCACCUGUAUAGAUUAUGAUGGUGCUGCUCUGUCAGCGGUACACAACAGCUUUCUUUAUUGUUGUUGGGGUUUUAUGUAUGUAACAAUUUCAAGUUUUCUGUGCAUAUAUUUGUGUAUUUGUCUCAAUAUUUUAGGUGGUACAUUAUUUAUUUUUCUAUCAUUUCUUAAGUGAAGGCAUUUUUGGUUCUUAACAGCAUUCCUUUCAGUUGUUUUGGCUUUUGAUGUCUGCUGCGGUUCUCUUGAUAUUAUGAAUUUUGGAUCAUAGUGUGAAGGUAGGUGGUCAUUUACAAAAAACAGAGCAGCGUGUAUUCACUGUUGUACUUCAGAUAUAAGGCCUUACAAUCUGCUUUUAUUUUGUGUCAAAAAGCUAAAGUGACGAAAUGCACCAGAUGAAGUCAAAUAUCACCGCUUUUCUCACGCUUCUUUUCUCUCUAUCUCUCUCUUUGCAUUGAAUGUAGUUUGAUAUAUGUAUAGUGGAUUAUUAAUGUACUGUUAAAAUGUGUGCUCAAUUGACAAGAAGUGCAAUUUAUACUUUGGUUAAUGUGCGUAGCGUCAAAUGCAGCUGAAACCUCACACCGCUGUGAUUUCUAAAGCUCCAUUUGUGCAGUCAUUGCUACCCUGUAUACCACUACCUGGAAGAAAAAUGUUUAUUUACCAGAGGAUAAAGAAACAAAUAAAACAUGGACCUUUCAUUGAAUUUGAUUGGUUUAAAUACAUCCCUCUCCCAUAUUUCAAAAUGUUAUUUCCAUGACUUUAAAUUUAGGUUUAUUUUUAUGUGGUUUAAUUUCCGGCUGUUACAGUAUUUCUUCUCACAAGUUGCUGUAUGUUUAGCAUGUGCAGCUAAUUUUAUAAUUGAUUUUUUUAUUUGAUAGAUUUUUUAGUUUGUUUGAUUGAUUGUUGUGUUUUUUGUUAAAUAUUCAAAUUUAGUUAAUUAUACUAUUUGCAGAAGACCCAAAAUAUUUCAAACAUUUAUUUCCAUGCAAGUGAUCGGAUUAAAAGUGCCGUUGUAUUGACAAAGACUGUCCUCCCAUCGGAAACUUUAACAGAUCUAUACACUCAAAUAGACCGCAUCCUUACUUUAAUACCACACACGAAAUAAAAUGCAGUCUUGGUGCAGGAGUAAAACGGUUUAAUGGUAUUUGAGUAAAAUCCAUGCUGUGGCUUUGACUUAAAACUGCAUUUCUUUUUUUGGUUGUGAUAUAUUUUCAGUUUAUGUUCUGUCGUCUCAUUUUGUACCCUGUUUGAUUGACAUUUCUUUAAAGACCAUUGUGUUCACACACUGCUAUAUUUCAAGGUGACAUUUCAUAUGACUGUACUGUUGGAGCCAAAUAAACACAGUCUUUCAAAUACAUCAAACAAAA